UUAUACUUAAACUCUUUAACCUGAAAUGCACUCUCUUGAUUAUUUUCGUAGAAUUGUGUUCUAGUCAAACUUCGUCUGAUUCUUGUCAAGCUGCAUCAACAACUAAUGUGACGUGUCUUUGGUGUUCAAAAGCUUCUAAGUGCAGUAAUGGUCAAGACGUAUACACUGCACUUUGGCAACAAAAGAAAUGUAAUGAAAGCUCAGAAGACGAAAACAUGACUACCGCUCCUUUCAUUGAACGGAAAGAAAUCGUUUCCAAUGAAACGGGAAAGACGCUAAAACUCAGUGCAGGUGUGGCGAGAAAACGGUACAUAAACGUUGCGUUACCGAUUGUUAUAUCGGUUCUAAUUUUGGGCUUCGCCUCAGUUGUUGGGAUAUUGUUAUACAAAAAGAAAGCGAAUAAGCUGAACAAAUUGUAUCACUUCAGUCACAUUCAUCGACAGCUCAAUUCAAUUUUUCAAUAAAUCUCUCUGACUGGGUGCACUUCAAAGCCAACAAAAAUUUGUCGGACAUUUUCAAUAUAUAUUAUUUAUUGAUUAUAUCAUCUUAAAAUUGAACGAAAACAAUAAGUGCGGCG